CCUCAAUGUGUGGCACCCAGACUCCCCAGGGUCGAAGAGGCCCCUCCAGACAGCCGGCCAGCGCAGGCGGAGGGCGGGAGGGGCCAGGGCUGGGUAGUGCUGGCCUCGGGCCCCAGCCCUGCCACUUCCGGCUGGAUGUUCUCAUCUGGGAAGCGGGCACCAUAGUACUCAUACUUGUGCUGCCGGUGACGACAAGAGCCCAGCUCAGAGUUGGCACACAGGCGAGGCUCCUCGGUGGGGAAGGGCUGUAACAGGGCGCACGGAGAAGGAACUUGAGGCCAUCGGGCUUAGCAGGGCAGGGGCCAGGCGAGCUCCAGGCCGGUUCUAGUCCGACCCGAUGUCAGCUCACGAUGGCAGGCUGGCAGCGGGCAGUGGCGACUGUUCCCCGUGCCUUUACUUCUACGUGGCCUUGGGGCUGAGUGGGCUCCUGCUCCUGCUCCUCAGCAUUCUGGCUGCCUGCCUGUGCCGACUGCAUCGCGCAGCGCCUCUGCCCGCCCAGCCCCAGGAGCCCGGGCCCCACUAUGCCUCGCUGCAGUGGCUGCCGGUGGCACGUGGCCACAGUGACAGGGGUGGCGCGGAGGAGGACGCCAGCACCGACUACGCCUGCAUCACUCAGAAAAAGCCCUCCUGAGCCCCGAUGCCCCUGCUCCAGGCGGGGAUCAGGGUCGCCCUGGCUUG